GCAACGCAAAAAAUGGACGGCACUCUGGACGACUGGGUGCAGCAGCGUGAGACUGUCGAUGUCGAGACUCGAGCUAUUGUCAGCAGUCUCGUCACCGCGCUCGGUGGCACGAGUAUCGAGCACCAUGGGCGAUAUGUGCUCGGUGAUGAUGCCCUUGCCUGCUUGAAAGACUUGCGAAGAUGGGUCAAAGUCUAUGAUCAAAAAUUGAACCGACUCGACGUGCAGAGGAUAUUGGCCGAAUCCAAUCUCGUCAAAGGGGAUUUGUUGGAAAUUUUGUCAACUUGGGCUCAGAGCGAUCGUAAAAAUAAGCUGAAGACGAAGAUUGCACUGAAGUCAUUGGAACUUUUGGUUCCCCUGACUUGGCCGCUGGAAAUCGAGGACCACUUAAUGAAACGCAACCAUCACAGACAUGUCCCUUACUUGCGACUGGCGCAGGUCGAGUACAAGCGAGCGAUAUUGCACCACGAUGUCACAAAGAUUCUAAAGACGAUCAUCGAGUUAACCGUGCCUUACAUGCUUAUGCCCAAGAACGAGCGCGCGGCGCAUGAUGAGGGUGUGAUUCGAUUGGCAUUGUUCCUGUUUCGCAAUGUGGCCUUGAUUGAGCAACCUAGUGAUCUCCCAUCAGAUGGGAACGAGAACGAAGUCUCUCGAUCAGCGACAAUUGUAGCGUUUCACGAACAAGGCGUCCUUCAGAUGAUAUCAGCGAUUGCCUCCAGCAUGGGCGAAGAAUAUGUCGUGCAGGAUGUCCUAGUUCUCGAGCUUCUUUUCCAUUUGCUAAAGGGGAUUGACCCAGAAAAAUUAUUCAUGGAAGAGACUCAGGUCGUCAAAAAUUCCGUCAGCGAGUUCAAGGAUUUAAUCCAGAAGGAGAAAUCUCUCUUGUCAGGCUACCAGCGAUUCGCGCCCAGCAGGCAUGGACGCUUUGGGACGUUGAUUUCACUUGACGAUGGCCAGAGCCAAAGAAGAACGAUAUCUGGCCAGGAGGUCAUCCAUGGUACGGACCGUGCCAUCCACCACUUGGACAUGAGCAAAAGAUGGAACAGGCCGAGAAAUCGUGGCAAACGCAAUCCAGAUAAAGAAAGAGACUCUAUGGAAUUCAAUAAAUCUGUCUCACUUUCUCCAGCGGCUCGGAAGCAUUUAAAACACUUUGUCGGCGAGUUCUUGGACUCGUCAUUCAACCCGCUCUUUAGUCAUUGUCGAAAAGCCAUCGAGAGAGAAGAAGAGCGAGUGACCACCGAAAAUUCCAUGCACUUCUUUUACCUCGCCGGCUGGUUUCUCAAGGCAGAAUGUGCAAGACGCCAAUAUCGAGAGACAAAGCUGUCGACAAAAGGGAAGGAAAAAGCCGGCGUUCCUGAGACUGCGCAGGAUGAGUUUGGCUUCAGUCUUGUUGCGAGUGUUCUUAAUCAGGAGACGUUUGUUCUCCUGAAUAGAUACAUGGAGAACGCAAAAGACAAUAAAGAGUGGAAGGAGCUGAAUGCGGGAAUGACCUGCUUCACGCAAAUUCUGCUAACGGUACAGCAAAUGUCGGCUUCGGACCUUGAAGAUGACCAGGAGAUUGCAGAGAACAUCCAAAAUCGUAUCUUCUACGAGGAAUCAACCCACGAUCGUGUUAUAUACUUGCUACGCCAUUACAAGGACCAGGGCUUCGGCUAUCUCGAUGCAAUCACGGAACUUGCCCACACCUUCAUCCGCAUGCUCGAAUCGUACUCCAAGCAAAACGUCGAUUUGCAGAUUCGGACCAGAAGGAGACAGCGGAAGAAACAGCGAGCUGCCCAAGCUGCCAAUGGUGAAAUCUUGAACAACGAUAAUGUCGAUGACGCCAAUGACAUGGAGCAGGUCCAGAUUGUGUCUAGAGAGAGGAAAUUUGACUUUGCUCGCUUUGUUGCUCGGUUCUUGACACAGCAAUCUAUUGACACCUUUGUCGCAUUUACUCGCUAUUACAAUGAUCUCUCAAAAGAGCAGUUAAAGCGAGCACAUCGAUUCUUUUACCGCGUUGCGUUCAAGAAUGAGCUCAGCGUACUUCUCUUUCGCGUCGACAUCAUCAAGCUUUUCCAUCAAAUGGUGGAAGGCCCCGGUGGACUCGAUCCGGAGGCAUUGCAUUUCGGCGAGUGGCGUGAUUUAGUGAAGCAGCUCUUUCGAAAGCUUAUUAGGAAAUUGGAGGAAAGACCUGCUUUAGCAGUAGAGAUGCUCUUCAGCAAGAUCUCGGCAACAAUUUUCUAUCUGGAACACGGCUAUGAUAAUAUCGUUACGAAAGCACCCAGGCCGCCAGCUGAGCUUGAAGUCAAACCGGGGAUGGAAUGGGAUCAGCAGGUCGGUGUUGCCGUCAGCGUGCUUAUCAAUCAGAGCAAAUCAGACGCGUUAGCCUGGGUUAAACAGCAGCUAUCAGAAGCUAGGGAUCAGAGACAAUCGUGGGAGGAUGCUGAGGAAGCUCGCCGUGGUAUUGCAGCUGAGCAGGCAAAGAUCUUUGAAGGAGUAACCACUGAUGGAGCAGAUAUACGACCUACCAUCGAGGAGGAAAAGCCAUUACCACCCCCUAUCCUUGUCAAGUCUGACAACGAUGAAAGACGAAUCGCCAUGUUCAAGGACAAUAAACUACGUCUUCUGAUGAAACUAGCCGGUUUUGAACGACUUGGUGAACCGGACGAUCAAGAUGCAAGCUGGGUUAUUCCAUCAACGUUAGCUGCAGCCAAGCUGGGAGAAACACUGGAGCUGAUCAGCAAAUUCGAGUUCGAUCCUCCUACUUACGAGGAUGGCAAAUCUGCAGAAGAUUUUCUUCGGAGCUCAGCUGCCGCUGCAAGAGCAGCUGAACGCAGCUCACGCAAGGUUGCAUAUGAUGACGACUCUGACGAUGGCAUUGAUUAUGAUGAGGAUAUUGACUUGGGUGAAUAUGGUGCAGGUGGUCCUACAGUUCGCAGGCCAGAUGAACAAGAUGCACCAGGGAAGCGUAGGCUCAAGAGGCGAAAGAAAAGUCGCGAAGAUGGCGAGGAAACGGACGAAGAGACUAGAGCAAGACGCGAGGCUCGAGCGGAGAAACGAAGGCUCAAGAAAUUGGCCGAAAAGCGAAAGUUCAAGAGUACGGUAUAUGUGCAUGAUUCGGACGACGAAGACGACGAGGAGAAGGAUCGAGAAUUUUUUGCUGCCGAAGAAGAGAGGCGCAAGAAGGCAGGACAGAGCAUUGCGAUGGCUAUUGAGAAAGCAAGGAAAGAAGAAGCACGAAAACUCUCCAAAGGCAAAAAGAGAAAGUCUGUUUCUCCAGAGAUUUCAGAGUCAGAGGUGGGCACAAAUUCUCCAAAGUCAAGCAAAAGAUUUAAGAAGGCAACCGUUAGUGAUGACAGUGCGGAUGAGAUCAUCGCGAUUAGCAGUGAGAAUUCGAGCAGUGAGGAUGAAAGCAACGUGGAGAAGACGCAAAGUGACGAUGAGGAAAUGACGGAUACGCCUGUCUCCUCUCAGGGGCAGGGUGAACCUGCUCAGACACAAACUGGCGGAGAAGCGUUGAAAACGGCUGACCCCAACACGACGGAUGCUGUGGUUAGUGAUGAAGAGGAUGCGAUGCCCGUGCGUUCAACGAUCAGGAGACGAGGAGGUUUUGUUGUUGAGAGCGACGACGAAGACUGAAUUUCAUGGUCUACCAACUUUGGUGAACAUUUCAUCAUGGCAUAAGUUAGCGCAGGAAGUAUUAUAUUAUCAAUUUAAGGCACGCUGCUUUCCC